UCCCUCUCUUUUCUCGGCAGCCUCUCUCAUCUUUUCCCACAGCAGAAGAGUAUCUGUCGCACACUGAUCCUCACGAUGGGUGAUAAAGGCACAAGGGUUUUUAAGAAGGCUAGUCCAAAUGGAAAGUUAACUGUAUACCUUGGUAAGAGGGAUUUCGUCGACCAUGUGGAUCUUGUGGAACCUGUCGAUGGUGUGGUUUUAAUUGAUCCAGAGUACUUAAAAGAGAGAAAAGUUUUUGUGACUUUGACGUGUGCUUUCCGCUAUGGACGGGAGGACUUGGACGUUCUUGGCUUGACGUUUCGCAAAGACCUCUUUGUGGCCAACAUCCAGGCAUUUCCUCCUGUGCCUGAAGAGAAAAAGAGCUUGACACGUCUACAAGAGCGACUGAUAAAGAAACUUGGAGAACAUGCUUACCCCUUCACCUUUGAGAUCCCUCCGAACUUACCCUGCUCUGUCACGUUACAACCAGGGCCAGAAGAUACAGGAAAGGCCUGCGGGGUUGACUUUGAAGUGAAAGCCUUCUGUGCAGAAAACGUUGAAGAAAAAAUCCACAAAAGGAAUUCAGUGCGUCUUGUCAUCAGAAAAGUGCAGUAUGCUCCAGAGAAGCCGGGCCCACAGCCAAUGGCUGAAACCACAAGGCAGUUUCUCAUGUCAGAUAAACCUUUACACCUGGAGGCCUCACUUGACAAAGAGAUUUACUAUCAUGGUGAACCAAUCAGUGUCAACGUCCAUGUCACAAACAACACAAACAAGACAGUAAAAAAAAUGAAGAUUUCAGUGCGUCAAUAUGCUGAUAUCUGCCUCUUCAACACUGCCCAGUACAAGUGUCCCGUGGCCACAGAGGAAACAGAUGAUAUUGUGGCCCCCAGUGCUACAUUUUGUAAAGUAUACACUCUCACGCCUUUCCUUGUGAAUAACCGAGAGAAACGCGGCUUGGCUCUGGAUGGCAAACUCAAACAUGAAGACACAAAUUUAGCCUCCAGUACACUGUUAAGAGAGGGAGCUAAUAAGGAAAUUCUGGGCAUCAUUGUUUCUUAUAAGGUGAAAGUGAAACUUGUGGUGUCUCGUGGAGGGCUGCUUGGAGAUCUUGCCUCAAGUGAUGUUGCCGUUGAGCUACCCUUUACAUUAAUGCAUCCCAAACCACUGGAGGAAUCAAUCUACAGAGAUGCUCCAGAAAAUGAUGCCCCCAUUGACACAAACCUUAUUGAAUUUGACACAAAUGAUGAUGACAUCAUCUUCGAAGACUUUGCCCGACAACGACUGACCGGGGCAAAUGACGACAAAGACGAAGAUGAGGAGGGUGCUGAUUCGCCCAAACUGAAUGACAGAUAGAUUGCAGAUAAGAGUUUCCUGUGUUGUGACGAUACAUGAGACCCUUUUGAGAUAACCAGGAGAAAUGGGACACCCUUUAACACACUCACAGUGGUGCAGUUGUUGUGUUCUUGUUCACAUUUGUCUCUUCCAUCCUGCAAGGGUGUACAGUAAAAACUUAAGUGUAGAAAAUGUGACGUUGUCGUCAAAGCGAUUAGAAGGUGAGGCUUUAGUUGAUAGGCUGGCCACUGAGUGCCUCGGGUAUUUGAAGGUCUUUUAGGGUUGUGGCAAUGGCUUCACAUCUUAGCUAAAUCAAACGUCAGUGGUAGCAUGCCUUUGUUGUUGCUAGGUUUUAUAGGUUUUUCCUGGGCCGUGAUUUAGUUUUGAACCAUAUUUAAUGUAAGGAAUUUCUUGUUUCAAUUACUGUUAAUGGAACUGUAUUCAGUAUUAAAUUUUUUUAAUUUUCAAUUUUUUUUUUAUAAAA